GCCUCCGCCCCUGCCUGUGACCGCCCCGGCUGCCGUCUCCAGGGCGCGGACCGACGCGGGAAGCGGGUCGGCGAGGGACGGGGACACAGUUCGCCGAAAUCCAUGUGGAAUCCAACACUGGGAGACAAUGCUGCGAGCGAAGGAAGGAAGACAAAAAGCUAAAGGAGCAGCCCUGCCCGUCGUUCCAAUUCUCCAGAAGUUCCUGAGAACGUAUGAGAAGCACUGUGCACAGACUCGGACGUCCGUGUGCCCGGCCGUCAAGAGGGACCUGAAAGCUGGCAUUGACAAUGGACAGAUUCUCAGGAAGUUUAUACUUGUAAGACCUGAUGACUCCCCGCCAAGCAUCCCACCGAUUUCCUUGGAACCUUUGCUUAUGACAAUUCGAGAAGAGUGUUACACGCUGGGGAAAGAGAUCUGCAUCUGGGGCCUUCAACUGAGCAACCCAGAGAUUGCCAGACUCGCUUCGCUUCUGGAGUUGAAGGGGCGCAGCACCUGCCCAUUUACCACCCUAGAGCUCAUUGAUUGCAAGAUGGAUCCGUGGUCUCUCGGGAGACUUGGGGAGGCUCUGCAGUUCAGCAGUUUGCACUCUCUUGUCCUGGAUUACUGCAACUUUGGAAUUGAAGAAAUUGAGCGUAUUUUCUCGGGCCUGGAGAACAACCAAAGGCUCCAAGGCCUCAGCCUGCGUUACUGUGGUCUGGGGCCACGGAGCGGGCCAGCGCUGGGCUCAGUCGUAAGCCAGAGUGCUGUCCGUGAGCUGCACCUCGACGGCAAUUACUUGCAAUGUUCUGGAGCUCUGGCUCUGCUCAGACCCCUAGCAGAGUAUGCAGAGAUGCAGGGCAAAGGCUGGCCCACCACAUCCUCACCAGACGCCAGGAAUCCCCCUCAGCUGCUCGGAGUCAGCCACAGAGCAAGUUCAACUUUGAACCCGAUUACAAAGUCAUCUGGAGCUGUAACAGUGAAAACUACUUCAGGGAAGAAUAAGAGAAAGAAAGGAAUCAAGAAAAAAGUUAAAGGUUUGACUGAAGCUGGUCCUUGGUUAGUGAAAUUGCAUUUGGCAGAUAAUGGCAUAGAUGGAAAAGGAAACGAAGGAGAAAAAGGCUUGUUGGAAUUCACUCAGAUUUUAACAUGCCUGAUCAAAUACUCUGCCCACUUAAGGGAAAUUGACCUUGGAAACAAUGGCCUGGGAGAAAGGGCUGCUGCUGACAUACUUGAAGCACUGCGAGCCAGAAAGACAGGUAAACUGCCAGUCUUAAAACUUACAGUCACUCCUCAGAUCUCCUCAGACACCUUCCGAUCUAUUUGGAAAAAUAGCAAGAAAUCUAAUAUUACCCGUAAAAAGAAGAAAAAGACAGCAUCCCUCCAAAUGGGGAUCUCCUCCAAAUAAGGAAACUUCUGAUCACCAUACCCCUCAUGAAGAUGUCAGACAGAAAUGGAGGAAGUGUGGUUAAUCUAUAUAUGGAUGAUAAAUUGGAUUACUUGAAUUUUAUAUGCCAGGACAAUACGGUGCAGGAAUGAAAAGCACGGACUGGGGAGUUAGAUGAACAAGAAUUCUUUGUGGAAACCAGCUGCUUUCCAAGUGUGUGACUUUGGGCAAGUCAAUUAACCUCAUUGUGCCUCACUUUCCCUUUAUAUAAGAUACAGAUAAGAAUAGCAUCUAUCUCAUUUGGUUAGCAUUGAAUGAGAGGACACAUGGCAAGCAUUUUAGGUCAAUACUUGUUUCAUAGUACAUGCUCACAAAUAAAUAUUAGUGUCUCUGAUUAUUGCUGUUAUUAUUGUUGAUGUUAGAAUUGAGUGAUUCCAGUUAUUUCUCUUAGCACAGCUACACAAGAAAAAUAGUAAAGAAAAAAAGAUGAAGACUUAGGACCUCUGUAUUUUGAAGUAAAAAAAAAAAUGUCAUUCAUUCUAUGUACAAAUGUAACAAGCACUGGCAAGUUCAUGGAACCAAACUAACUGUGGGGGUGGGGAUGGGUAUAGUAAAUUAUGUGUCCUCUUGAGGAUCUUAGCAUCUAGCUAGGAAGACAAGAUCGUCACACAUUAAAAGUAAACAAUAAUAGAGCAUAAGAGUUGAAAUAAUAUAAGUCAUUAUCGAGGGUAACAAAGGCUAUAGAGUAGUGAGAUCAAUUUAGCAAAUCUCCAGAAUUUAAAUAUCCAAUGUCUGAGGCCUCCUGAGAAAUUAUUCCUGAUUUUAAAAAAAAAUUUGGAAAAAAAAUGGAAAUUUGCCACUGACAUCCACUGGGUGAGAGUGUAAAACCUGUUUCUCUUCAGGGGUCUUUUGGCCAUGUCUAUCAAAAUGAAAAAUACAUAGCUUUUGACCCAGGUAUUCUACUUCUAGAAAUUUAUUUUACAGAUACACUCUCACACUGUGCAAAGAAAUAUACAUGAGGAUAUUCACUGAGGCACUGUUUAUUAUACACUGGAAACAACUAAACGUUCUCAGAGGAUUCUCAGGGAAACAAAUCACAGGAAAUAUAUGUGGUGGAAUACUAUGCAGCCAUCAAGAGGAAUAAUGUAGAUAUGUAAAUGCUUAUACAGAAAGACAAAGUAAUACUGUUAAACAAAAAGAGCAGUCUAGAGAAUAGUAUAUGUGAAAAACUCAUAUUAAAAGUGAAGUGAUGUAAUAUGAGCCAGCAAUUUCACUUCUGAGUAUACACACAAAAGAAUUGAAAGCGGGAUCUUGAAGAGCUAUUUGUAUAUCUAUGUUCAUAGCAGCAUUAUGCACAAUAGUCAAAGGUGGAAGCAACCCAAAUGAAUGGAUAAACAAAAUAUGGUCUAUAUAUACAAUGGAAUAUUAUUCAGC